AUGCUGGUCUCAACCAGAGACAAGACCGCAGCUCCUCAAGCAUUCGAGCACCACCGCUUGACGCAGAUCUUCUACAUUGAGGGCCGGGAGGGGAAUCCGGGACUCACAAUAGAAGUGGGAAUGAGACGAAGGCUGCGGAGGGCGCGAACAACGCCAAUCGAGAAGAUCUUCGAAUUAUCCAAGCAGGGUCAACCUGGCUCAUGGGCACGCAUUAUCGUCGACCACUCUAUGGACAGACACAUCACAAUGUCUCGACCAACACAAUCUACUACUACCACCCAAACAUCCGACUCCAGCUUACCCUCAGAAGUCUUCGCGAUCCCCGAGAUCCUCGAGAUGAUCCUCCUCGACUCGGUCACGCCCGCCCUUCAGCUCUUCGCCCUUCAGCGCGUUGACAAACCCUUCCAGGGCACUAUCGCGGGGAGCAGGAAACUCCAACGUAAGAUGUGUCUCGAGCCGAGUGAGGACAGAAAAGCGGAUACUGUGUGGCGGCAUCUUGGAUUCCAGAGUCAUAAGCAGGGAAAGAGAACAUUGACUCGAGUCAAGCUGCCGGUCAUACUUAAUGUCUACAAGAGCAGCAAGGUCUAUGCCUUGGACGUCGGGCUCCCUGAGAAGAACAUGACGGCGGCGAAUGGAUUUGCGCUCCUCGAGGAGGAGAAGUUGGAGGGAUUGUGGAAGAACAUGAGAAUCGGUGGCGAAGAAGGAGAGAACGACAGCAAAUUGAUCGCCACGAGGGAGUGGGCCAAAGGAACGGUUCCUCAGCUGGAGGGAAAAGAUGGCGAGAAGUGGGUGGAGCUGAGAGUAUGGGCGGACAAGAAAGUGGUCUCAAGCUUUUGGCCUAGGAAUACAACAUUGGGUGAGAUGUUGGAAGAGGUGAAGCAAGGUCUGAGUCUGAUCACGGUGCUGAGUGGGCGUUCGGAGUCGAAGUUCAUGAAGUGCCCAUCGACGGCGGGUGUUGCUUCGGAUGUUGGUGAGAUCAAUGUCUGGCCAUACGCUUGCCAUGCAUAG